CUGCAACUCCCGCAGGCGCAUGCGCGUAGUGCAGUUGUUUACCGAGUGAUGCAGAGCGUUUGUGUUUUCACAAUUAUGGAUUUAUUGUCGUUGUCUGUUGAUUAAGUGAUGUGCUGCGGUCUUAUGAACGAACGAGAAUUGCACAAGUUGACAUGAAGUGUUUAAGUAGUCGGUGCAUUGGGAGUCUACGGGCAGGGAACCAUGGUGGACAAUAGGCACAUCACUAGUUGCCUCUGAGAUCGGUGGAGUUUUUUCGGGAUUUGUGCACUUUGCAAUGUUCUCAACACCGUCAUCUGGCCCGGACACGCAUAACUAUGAUUUUGAGAAGGAGGAAAACGCUGUCAAAUGGCGUGGUGUGUUUGUCCAGUCCCUGAAAAAGGUGCUGGAACAAGUGCAUCCGUCUUUGACUGCAAGAGAGGAUGCCUUGGAGCGAGUUGAAACGCUGAUACUGCGGCUGCUUGGCAUGCUAUGUGCUCGUCCACCUCCUCACACAGUGCAAGAUGUUGAGGACCGAAUCAAACGCACCUUUCCAGGGCCCAUUGAUUGCUGGGCCCUCAAUGAAGCAAGAGAAGCAUUGGAGAAGGGUAAAAAGAAAGAAAAUAAGUUAGUUUUGCCUGUUGAUAAAGUCCACACCAUGCUCAUCAAGGAUGUGCUACAGUACAAAAUCGACACUCAAGUCACACAGUUCUUAGUUGCUGUUCUUGAAUAUAUUUCUGCUGAUAUACUGAAGUUGGUUGGAAACUAUGUCAAGAAUAUUCGUCAUGUAGAAAUUUCCAGUCAAGAUGUACGAAUAGCUAUGAAUGCUGAUAAAGUGCUAUUGGACUUGUUUUGCCAAGAAGAUGAUAGCAACUCUGCAACCACUGUUGCAAAUGUACCAGAUUUGCAUCGUACUCCUCAAACUUAUGAAGAAGUGGUCAAGGAUCUCAUACAUGAUGAGAAGCAGUAUCUAAGGGACCUCCAUAUGAUAAUAAAAGUUUUUAGAGAAGAAAUAGCAAAAGUAGUGGAUCAUGACAGCAAGGAACUAGAUUUAAUGUUCAGCAACAUCAUGGAAAUCCAAGAAUUAACGGUAACUCUGUUGGGCUCCCUUGAAGACAUGUUAGAAAUUAGUGAUGAGAAGCAAGUUCCUGCUGUAGGAAGCUGCUUUGAAGAACUGGCAGAGAAUGCUGAGUUUGAAGUUUAUAAUACAUAUGCAAGAGAUAUUAUUCAAGAACCAUGUAGAGGAAUGUUGUCAAAAUUACUUGCAAGGACAGAUGUGUAUGAUGCAUUGCAAUCAGCUGGCCAUGGAUUCAGGGAGGCUGUCAAAUACUAUUUGCCGAAGUUACUUCUUACGCCAGUGUGGCACUGCUUUCUUUAUUUUGAUUAUGUUAAGGUACUUCAAAGGUUUUGUCCCUUGAAAGAAGAUAAAGAGACACUAGAGCAAGUGGGAGGCCUUUUAACACCCCUUGAGGUCAAACUUAAUUCAAUUGUUGGGAAACCUCCCAAGCAGGAAGUGGGAGUGCGGCAGCCGCGGGCCCGGCGCCAAGCCGCUCUUGAAAAGACCAAUGAGCUGCAUGACACUAUUGGCGGCUGGGACGCCAAAGAGGUUGGGCAGUGUUGUAAUGAAUUCAUAAGAGAGGAUACACUUGGUAAAGUGGGCUCAGGGAAACGGUUAACUGAACGCAGAGCAUUUCUGUUUGAUGGUCUAAUGGUGCUCUGCAAGCCAAACAAUAAACGGACAUCUGUGUCUGUUAACAUUGGUCCUCAGGGAGAAUACAGAGUAAAGGAAAAAUUCUUUAUUCGCAAAGUAGAAAUAAUUGACCGGGAAGAUUCAGAUGAGUUGAAACAUGCUUUUGAUAUUGCUCCUCGAGCUGGUCCAAGUGUGACAUUAGUCUGCAAAACAGCCGAAGAAAAGAAUAAUUGGAUGGCUGAUUUAAUUAUGUUGAAUACUAAAAGCAUGUUGGAACGAACUCUUGACAGUAUAUUGCUGGAUGAAGAGAAGAAGCAUCCUUUAAAGCUUCCCCCUCCUCAUCUGUACAAGUUUGCUGAAGCUGACUCCAAGGACAAUAUUGCUUUGGAAGAAAGGGAAAAUGGUGGUGUCCCUCUGAUAAAGGGAGCCACCUUGUACAAAUUGGUUGAAAGGCUCACCUAUCAUAUCUAUGCUGACCCCAUGUUUGUGAGAACUUUUCUGACAACAUAUCGAAGUUUUUGUACACCAAAGGAACUAUUGAACUUGCUCAUUGAAAGAUUUAGUAUCCCUGACCCAUCAUUGGUGUAUGAGGACCAGGAGAACAAUGAUGGUGACAGCGAUGUCAAUAUCUCAAAUAUCCAGAGAGAGGAUUGGAAGAGGUAUCGAAAGGAGUACUGUCAACCAGUGCAAUUCAGGGUUUUGAACGUUUUGCGCCAUUGGGUAGAUCAUCAUUAUUAUGACUUCGAAAGAGAUCCAGAACUUUUAGAAAAACUUCAUGAUUUCCUGGAAACAGUACAAGGGAAAUCCAUGCGAAAAUGGGUUGUCUCUGUCAUGAAAGUGGUGAAGAGGAAAGCUGACAGUGAUGCUAAUGUCCAGCAGCGUGAAAUCACAUUCCCCUUUGACCGAUCUCCUCCCCCAAUUGAGUGGCACAUCAAAUGUGCUGAGGAAGAAUGGACCAUACUCACUCUACAUCCAAUUGAAAUUGCCCGUCAACUCACAUUGUUGGAGUUUGACUUGUAUCGAGCAGUCAAACCAUCUGAGUUAGUUGGGAGUGUGUGGACCAAGAAGGACAAAGAACAGUCAUCCCCUAAUCUACUACGCAUGAUCAAACAUACCACAAAUUUCACUCGAUGGCUGGAAAGGAAUAUUGUUGAAGCAGAGAACCAUGAUGAACGAGUGGCAGUUGUGUCUCGUAUUAUUGAAGUGAUGAUGGUGCUCCAGGAGCUGAACAACUUCAAUGGAGUUUUGGCUGUUGUAUCUGCUAUGGGCUCUGCAUCUGUUUACAGGCUUAAGUUUACAUUUUCUGCUCUUUCUGCUCGUCUGGAAAAGGCUCUUGAGGAUGCAAGGGAUUUGAAUAGUGACCAUUUCAAAAAGUACCAAGAAAAGCUAAGAUCAAUAAACCCUCCAUGUGUUCCCUUCUUUGGAAUGUACCUUACAAACAUCCUGCACAUAGAAGAAGGAAACCCAGAUUUCUUACCUAAUGCUCCAGCUCUCAUAAACUUUAGCAAACGACGAAAGGUUGCUGAAAUCACUGGGGAAAUUCAGCAAUACCAGAACCAACCCUAUUGCCUUUCUGUGGAAAUGAAAAUUAGGCGUUUUAUUGAGACUUUGAAUCCAUUUGACAAUAUGCCUGAUUUGGAAAUAGCUGAUUUCCUGUACAGGAAAAGUUUGGAUGUGGAACCAAGAGGUGUACAACGACCACCUAGAUUUUCGCGUCGAUGGCCAGAUUUGAAUUUGAAGUCGCCCGGCAUCAAGCCACGCAAUAUCCUUGUACGGUCUCACCCUCCCACGCCCCUGACCAGUGUCACCGAGCGAACAGCUCCCUUCCACGCCGACAAGGACGGCGAAGACACCCCCCGCACGCCCCUGACGGCGUCUGCACCGCACACGCCUCCCCCGCACACCGGCUCCAUUUCUUCCCCCUCAGACUUCAGUGUGUUUGCCACUGUCGUCCUAGGUCCUUCGGGCAUCGGCAACAUGUCACCGGGGCUCAUGUCCCACGCCUCCAUGCACUCCCAGUCCACCGUGAGCUUGGUGUCGCCCACCUUCCAAGGAUCCAACCUGGUGGGGCUGGCGGGGUUGGUGGGGCCUGGAGGGUCUCCGGCCACGUCGCCCUCGUUUGUGCACCCGCCGCCCAUCCCGCCGUUCCCGGCGCCGGACAAGAUGCCCCCGCCCGCCAACCCGCCGCCACUGCCCCCGAGGCGGCCGCGGGAGAGCUCCAUCAGCGACGGCGCGUCGGGCCCGGCGCUGUCGCCCGUGUCUAUCCACGCCCCGACGAGGUUCCCGUCGACAAGCCAGGCGCAGGCACUGCAGGCGCGACAGGCUCCCGACGCCCCCAUCCUGCCUCCGCGUGACCUGUCGCCGCCCCCGCUGCCGCCCAGGACGAGCACGCUGCCCAGGCCGCACGCCCAGUCUGCCCUGCUGUUGCGUCGCAACUCGGGCAUCGCGGACGCGUCGGGCCUGAACGCGACGCAGACUGCACCGCGACGGCACAUGUCCAUCAACGGGCCCAUUUUGGCGUCCUCCACGUCGCAGCCGCCGUCGCCUCCAGCCAACAGCAGUACUAGUCCCGUUACCUAUGCUUCAACUGGUGCCGGCACCUUGAACCACCCCAUCAACCACCGAGCCACGCAGUCCGUGCCCGUCCUCAACCACGGCCGCCAGGGCAACCACGUGCCUCCUCCCAUAGGCUCCAUCGGGCCCUCGCGGCACGGCCACAACUUGAGCUCCCUCACCCGGCACGGCACCCACGGCAGCCAGACGCUGCCCACAUCGCGGACUUGCGCCGUCCCCGGGCCCGCCCCCAUCCCCAUCCCCAUUCCCAUCCCAUGCCCCACGCCGGCCCUGUCUCUCAAUCGGCACGGCAACCAGCUCGGCACCACGGGGUCACUGUCCCUGUCCCUGCAGAGCAGGCCCAUCGCCCACCAGCGCCACGGCAGCACCAGCGACUGCCCGCCGCCCUCGCCUUCGCCCCUGACGUCGCCGUCAAGUUUAACGUCGCCCACCCCAAGGCUGCCGCCCAAGCCACAGGGCACUGCCGGAGCGUCGGGUGGCCACGCAGCGAGUUGAUGGAGGAACUUUGUUGUAUAAUGUGCUCUGGUCUUAAAAUGAACUAUAAUUUUUAUUGCCCUUCCCCCACUUAAGAUUCCACAUGCUUCAGAGGAAAUUUUAAAAGUUUAUGUACUGCUGCCGCUUUUGUUGCAGUACUGUCAUUUUCUCUUAUUUGUUGUUGCGCUGUUGCAUUGGAAUGUGGUGCUUUUAUUUUCCAUGUGAAUAUCUAAAUUGACAUUUUCUUUAAGUUAUAUUUUUGUCAUAGCUUUUCAGAGUUUUAAACUAUUUUUUCUGACGUAAGUUGUUUUUUUAUGAUUUUUUUUCCUUUCAUCAACUUUAUUCUUUGUCUCUUUGAUUGUAUUGUUUUAUAAAGCUUCAUAAAUGGGAUUUCCCAAUUUUAUUUUUGAUCAAUUCUACUAUGUUGUUCUAUUAAGGGCUAGAAAUGAAUUCCUUGUUAAUUUUUGCAUGAAUUUUUAACAGGGAAAGAGAAUUUGAAUUCAAGACUUUAUUUCAAAACAAAAAAAAAAAACUUACUACAUCUUUAUCUCCUGAAUCUUUUGUUGAAUUAGAGCUGUAAGGGAGUGAACAUGAAAGAAGAUCAAGUGUUUUGCAGUUUGCACACAAUGAACAGUGUUAUGGGAGGAAGCCUUUUGUUACAACCUUGUGUUUUGUGUCUGCUUGUGUGGGGUUAACCGACUCCUUAGAAAUAUAGCCACCUUAUUUUUAAGACAAUAUUUUGUGAUGAAUAUAAAUCAAUUUCAUUUAUUGAAUGUUUCUCUUUACAAAUGUUUUGCAGUAAUGUUGUGAAUGCCAUCAGUUAUGCUUAGUUUUAAAGCUUAGCUUGAUUGAAUACUAGAUAUGGAGACCUGUAUAGGUUCUUACCGUAAUUUCUUUUAUACUGGAAAAUAUUAAGAGCACAAAUUUACAACUUUAUUGUGCAAGUCCAAAGUGUUGGAUUUUAGAUGCAAUUAGUGAACAUAAAAUGUGCCUGGAAAGAUAAUGAUAUUUAUUGUAGGUUUCUGUUCUGAUAUCAUACAACACUCAAAUAAUGUAUGUAUGGCUGGGUUUCAACAAGAAAAGUUAUAAUUAUUCUGCUCAUCAAUUGUUUCAUCAUGGUCAUUUGGGAAAAGUGUAAUAUUGGCUCUGCAGUGAACUUCCUCCCCAUAUUUGAAAUCUUCGUCUGCCUAGUUGACCUACAGGUCUUCUUAGCAUUGGAUGCUAAGGGCGAAGACAAUUUAAAAUUUUACUUGCAAGCUGCGAGUCAUUUGCAAUGAUGAAAGUGUGAACUGUGCAUUUCCAUGGAACACAUGCUGUAAGAAAAUUAUGUGCAGGUUCUUUUUCAGAACCCUUUAAGUUGUGAGAAUGACUGGCACCUGGUGCUGUAUUGAUUUGCCACUGUUUCCGUGCCAAAAUGUAACAUUCCGGGUUUGAUGUUUUACAACCAAACCCUUUAUGACUUGUAAUUUAAACUCAUGUUUUCUGCAUAUGAUUAUACACAUAAAUGUACUGUAAAUGCAGAUGGUAGUCGAAGAGUCAGGAAGAACCACAAAUGUUGUAUGACAGAUGAAUGAACUGUGAUAUGUAGUGUUUUUAAUUUUGUGAUUGAUUUUUUUAUGACCUUGGUAGGUAAGUAGUGUAUAUAAGUGUGCCUUAUAUUCUAUACAUAAGGCGCAUGAAUCCUAUAUAUGCAGUAUAUAUAAAGUAUAUAAAUGACCAAACGAUGAAUCAUAAUUCAUUGCUUAUGUAUGUGAUUGUAUAGAAUAAAUAAAUAAAUUGUUAAGAAAGCA